GAAGAAGGGGCGUUUGAUAUAGAAAUUUCUUGGGCCUUGUACGAAUGGGUUAACCUUUUCGUAAUAGUUGGGUAGGGUAGGGUUUAUUUGGACUUGGGGCUUGUGGCUUGGGGCUUAGGGUUUUCUGGGGCUUAGUUCAUGGCUCUAGGUUUGGGGUUUGAGGUUUAGAGUUUUUUAGGGUGUAGGGUCUUUAGGGGUUAGGGGUUUAGGGGUAUGUGUCAAGUUAGUAGUUUCAGAAGAACUCAUUUUCUCCCGUCAGAAUCAUGCAUGUGUGAAGUUAGUAGCUUUAGGGAAAUAGUGACAAAGUGUUGUAGUUAGUACAAUUAGUAAUUUUGAUUAGUGAUUUCUGAAGUUGUAGUUGCUACUUAUGGUGACAACGUGUGUUGUACCGCUAUGGAUGAUCAAAUUGAAAAUUCUUCCAGUUCUACUAUUUCCCCAAGUUCCACUAUUUCCUCAAGUUUCACUCUUACUCAUUGCACAAAUUUAGGAACAAGUGACAACAAUUGUGAAAGUGAUUGUGAAAGCAAGUUUGAUCCUCACGCGGCCUGCAUAAUGAAUGUGGACGAAAAUGAAGUUUUUAGACAACUCAUGUUUGCUAGAGCUGGACAUAAACCUUCAUUAUCCGACAUACUUUCAACUGGGCAUAGAUAUCAUACUAUCUAUACAGUAGAUCUGUUGUUGAGCGGAAUGCAGACUAGUUCCCUUAAGACAUCUAUUCAGCUUGUGUUUGGGGGGCCAUUAUCUGACCACAAAGGCACUUUAAAAUUUCAAGACAUUGAAAGAAUGGAAAAUGAUACCUUUUUAACCUAUUCGGAAGCUUACAUUGAAGAAGUUGGAUCUACUAAAAGUUUCACAGUGCAAGCAAUCGAGGGCAACGAACAAUUGAACAAAACCCACAAACGAGAAAGCUGA